CCAUUCACCCUAGCAACUGACGUCACCAAGUCCUGACAACAACAAGCAUCCAAGGUGGCCGCCAAAGGAAGAAUUUGUUACCAGUAAUACCACAACUAAUUCGGGUUACAAACUGUUCUUAUAUUCUAUUGGGACACAAUAAGACUGUCAAGAUGACUACAACCAGGAGGAAUUUGACCUCCUAUGAUAGGGAGAGGCAGCUUGAACAAAGUCGACGUCAAGGAGAAAUUCGUGAAGACACCAUUAAACGGCUGAAUCAGGAACGGCUUUUAGAAGCUAAUAUGAGUAAUGAACGCAAAUUAACAGAGAAAAGAUAUUUACGAAACUUAAUGAAAGAGCACAAAGAAAUGGAAAUGGAAGAAUCUAUUUUAAAGGCCCAGCGUGACAGACUCAUCAGAGAGGAACAGACGGUACAGGAGGAAAGACUGGCCAAGGAGAUGGAGAGAAGGAAGCUGGAUUCGAUGAGAGAUGAAAAGAUGAGGCAACAGAUUAGAGAAACAAGCUUAGAGUUACGAGAAUUAGAAGCCAAAUUGAAGUCAGCGUACAUGAACAAAGAACGAUCCGCACAAAUUGCAGAGAAAGAAGCUCUUAAAUAUGAUAAAGCAAAACGCGAUGCAGAGAUUUCGCGGAAUAUGAAAGAAGAACAUGAGCGUGCUCAGGAUGCGGAGAUAGAAAGACAAAAAGAACAGUACCGCGAACAGAUCCGGUAUCAACAGGAACUCGAGAGACAGUUGGAGGAACAGGAACACAAGAAACAGCAGGCAUACGAGGAAUUCCUCAAGGAGAAACUCAUGAUCGACGAGAUUGUCCGCAAGAUCUACGAGGAGGACCAGAGGGAGAGAGAGCUAGCAUUAGCCAAACAAAAGUCCACACAGAAAUAUAUACAGGAAUUCAAAAACGCUCGCGAAGAAUGGAAACAGCUGGAGAGAAAGAGGAUGGAGGAAGAAAACAGAAAUAUCCGUGCCUUCGCUCGGCUACAAGAGGAUAGAGAGAAGGAGAGGAUGGAGUCGAAGAAGGCCAAAGAGGAUGCUAUGGCUCGAGUCCAGGGAGCGUUGGCAGAGGAGAUCUCCAGACAGGACGCGGAACGUGAGGAGAUGGAGCGUGUCCGUAUGGAACUCUACCUUGAGGAACAAGAAGAGAAGGAGAGAAUGAAGGAGAAGAGCGAUAUAGAGGCAAGAAUACGACAGAAGAUUGAAUUACAACAGACACACGCUCAACAAAUGCACUUCAAGAACCUGAGGAAGGCUGCCCAGGAGGAGGAAGAGGAAGAGUUCAGACAACAGAUGCUGGCCAAAUUUGCUGAGGAUGACCGCAUAGAACAAAUGAAUGCUGCCAAACGCCGCAUGAAACAGCAAGAACACAAACGUGCAGUAGAACAGCUGAUCGACGAUCGUCGUGCCCAGUUCGCUGCCGAUCGUGAGAGAGAACUCUUCGAACGUCGCGAGGAGGAGAAGAUGGAGCAAUUCAAGAGACAGAUCAUCGAGGAGGAGAGACAGAAGUUAUUACAAGAGCAUGCCAUGCGGUUGCUAGGAUACCUACCAAAAGGCGUCAUUCGUGAUACAAAUGACCUUGACAUGCUUGGAUCUGAGUUCAAAUCGGCAUACACAGCGAGACAGGUGGACCCAUUUGAUGAGGAGGCAUGGGACCAAAGUCGGCGAUAGGAUUAGAGACCUAUAGUCUAAAAAAACAAAUCAUCUGUGAUUCUAUUCAAUAUUAUCCUACCUUCCAAGUAAAGUCUUGUAUCAACAGAUACAACCAUUCUUACAAAGGAAACAUUUCUAUUACUGGAAGGGGAAAACUUUUGAUAGGGAAAUUUUUUCGCAUUUGAUAAAAUCUGUCUGGUUUUAUCUAGAGACAUGAAAGGAAAUGCGAAAUACAUAAAUAAUGUAAAGAGAAGUGUUUUGUUAUUUCUCUCCACGAGAAGCAAUUAGGAUAGGAGUUGGUUUUAUACAAAAAUGUAUAAAAUGUACCAAGUGAAUAUGUAUCAAUUUAAAAAAAAUAUGUUCAUCAAAUAAAAUUAAAUAGAUGCUAGUAAUUUUUUAAUCAUUUAGGAAUACACAUUUCUGAGAGUGAUUCGAAAGGGAAAACUUCUACAUUCCAUGAAAACUAUGCAGGAAUCGUUGAGAAAUCUGUUAUUUUUAUUUUUCCUACUAGUUGAGGUUGUCUCCCCUUUCCCGAUCACAUAAUGGCGUUUUAUCUAUGAUGGUUGUUUUCAGUGCUAGUAAAGAUGUGUUUUCUUCAUAGAUAACUGUUGGUAUUCAUUCUUCUUUUCUAGUAAAAAUUCAGUAACUUGGUAAAAUUGUUGUAAUGUGGAGCUGUGGCCAUUGAGAACACGUGGCACUACAAAUAUUCUCAGUUAUGAUUUGUAUUUUGUGUCAAAAAAACUUCAUAUGAUUUAGAUGUCAUUUGAAAUAAUCAAAUGUUGGACAUACAGUAUUUAUAUCAUUUCUUAAACCAUGUCUCAAAAUGAAGUCUAACAAGGGUUUAGAUAACUUCUCUUAAAAGUUUGUAUAUGUGUUCCACUUUACACAGACAGGGGAGGUCCGACACUGAGAAAGUGUUGAAUGUAUGGUAUUUAUGUCUUGUAUGUGAGGAGUGACAUUCUUACAUUUUACUUACAGUUGACAUGUAUCAAUAUUUUUUUGCUCAUUAUACUUUGGGGGGUUCUAUAACAAUAUUUUGAAUGUACCAAUCAGGGUUUUGAGCUAGUUGAUUCAGUUUAGGUUUUUAAAGGUAAAAAAUAUAUAUAUAUAGUAUCAUAACAUAAAAAAAAAUCACAGGAAAAAUUUUGAAAAUAUUGCAUCAGAAACCAUUUCCAAAAUUUUGAUUUUUGUAAUGGAAUAGGAAAUUCUGCAUUGUUUGAACAAAGGGUAAUUCUAAAAUGAUGAUAAGAAAUAAUAAUAAUAAAAUAGACAUGUUAUCCUAGAUAUGACAAACAAUCAUCAGUCAAAUAUAUUAAAGAGAAGUCUGAUUUAGUCUUUCCUCAUUUGCUGGAUAUAACUGGAUACCAGCUAAGUGGUAUGGGUCCAGAGUUAAAGUCAUAAAUAUAUGGUCUUUUAUUGAAGUAAAAUGAUCAUCUGAAAGUUAAGGAGGGGUGGGGCUGUCCUAGAUAAUUAGAGCUUUAUUAAAUUCAAUUGAUCUCUACUUUAAAAUGUUAAUUCAAUUUAAAGCACAAAGGUCUUUAUCAAAAGUUCUAAAUCUCAAAAAAGCCUAAAAAAGAACUUAGAUAAAAAUCUCAUCUUAUUUACAUGUUACUCGAACUCAUGGAUAAAAGUUGUGAAACCGGAGGUACCAAGUAUAGAGGUACACAAUGUCUUUAUCGUAAUGUUUUAUAAUUUCAUUAAGCUGGGUUGAGUUUCACAUAAUGUGUUGAGUUGAUAGCUUCAAUGGUUCUUUUGAGGCUGUGCUACCAUCUUUAUUUGUAAAUAAAAGAUUUGUAUUUAAUCAAUUAUGUGUAUAGAGAAAUAUGUACAAAAUGUACAGUGACGAAAUAAAAUUGAAAAAGAC